AUGGUGUUGGCAGACCGCAGCGUUUCCAGGUACCACGCCCGGCUCACUGCCACAGGUGACGAGCUGAUGCUCGAGGAUCUCGGCAGCAAGAACGGCACUCGGGUCGACGGCCAGCCGGUACGCCGGAUUACUCUCGCCGCCGGUGCGGAGAUUCGAUUUGGCAAGCUGAGCCUGCGGCUCGAGCGGGUCGACCGCGAGGACACCGAAGUCGCCCUGGUCGUCGGUACGCCGGAGUCCGCUCUCGAGGCCGGUUUAGGAGCCGCCUUGCCGUCCGGUCCGGCAGAGACCCGACAUACGCGGUUGACCGAAGACGGCGGGCUAGAAGCCGACUGGCUGCCUGGUCUAGAGAUGGCGUUGGCUCAGACGGCCGCUGCGAAAGUGCCCGCGGUCGGUACCGAGCAGCUGGCGCCGUUGAUCCUUGGCAAGCUGGUCGAGGCCCUGCAACUGCGGGGCGCCUUGUUGAGCGAGCUCUCAUCAGUCGAGGAUCCGACCGUUGUGGCCAAGGUGGGGGAGCUGCCGUUGGCCGAUGCUACGGUUUUGCAGACGCUGGCCACCAAGUUGGAUGAGUGUUCCCCAGGCCAGGUCGUAUUCGGUGGCGCGGAGGGUGACUCGACACAGGCCUGGGCGGCGGUCAUUCCGGCUGGCCGAACGCCGCUGGCCCUGGCCCUGGUCGGUGCGCCCGGCGGUAUCGCGCAGCCCCGGUCGUUGCUCAGGAUGACACUGCGAAUUCUGCAACUGUGCGCGUUGGGAAAAACACCCGAAAGACAACCGCCUGGGCCACCGAAGGAGCUGCCAGAGCUGCGCUUUCCGCCGGGUUUCGUGGUCGGCAGCUCGCCCGCCAUGGCGGGUGUCUUGGCCGAAGUCCAAUCGGUGCUGCAGAGCGCCGCUCCGAUCCUGAUCACCGGCGAGACCGGUACCGGCAAAGAGGUCAUCGCCCAGCUGAUCCAGCGCUCGUCAGAUCGCGCCAGCCUGCCGUUCGAGGCCAUCAACUGCGCUGCUAUUCCGGCGGACUUGUUGGAGGCCGAGAUGUUCGGCGUCGCACCGGGCGCGGCGACCGGAGUGCGGUCACGACCAGGGCUGCUGGCCCGAGCCGGGGAUGGAAUCCUCUUUCUCGACGAGGUCGGCGACCUCGCCCUCGAGCUCCAGGCGAAGCUCCUACGAGCGCUGCAGGAGAAAGAGAUCCAGCCGGUCGGCGGCCGGCCGGUCUCUUUUGCCGCCCGGAUCAUCGCCGCCACCAACCGUGAUCUGGAACAGGCGAUGGCAGAAGGCAGCUUGCGCCGCGACCUCUACUAUCGGCUGGCAGCUUGCGAGCUGGCUCUGCCGCCGUUGCGAGCUCGCCUGGAGGAUCUGCAACCGCUUCUGGCGCAUUUUCUUCGCGGCUUCGCCCGCGGCGGUGGCAAACACGUUCCCGGUGUCACUCGCAAGGCAUUGGUGGCGCUGGAACGCUGGCACUGGCCGGGGAACAUCCGCGAGCUGGAACAUGUGGCGCGGCGUUUGGUUCGCCGGGCCGUCGGUGGCCGGCCGAUCGAAUGGUCGCAGCUAGAGGGCCGUUUUCAGGCCCUGGCGCCAAGCCCCGAGAGCGCCACCGCGGGCGGUGGGGCUACUGACGAGUUCGAUCUCAAAGCCAACGUCCAGGCCCUCGAACGGGAUCUCGUGCAACGGGCGCUCGAGGCUUGCGCGGGCAAUCGAAGCCAGGCCGCGCGGCGUUUGGGUAUCGCCCGCAACACCUUGGCCAAGAAGCUCGAAGAGCUUGGUUAG